AUGCACGAGAUUGCGGUGGAAAAGCAGGCGCUUUACAACUGCUCCAUCGGGAUCGCCGUGGAGACUGGUGCUGGUCUGGUGGUGUCCGCCGGCAACGACGGAUCUUUCGCGUGGGGCUCGGUCACCAAGCUUGCAACCGGCGCGGCGCUGAUGCAGCAGGUCGCUGCGCGCCGCAUCUCGCUGGAUACGCCGGUGGCGCCGCUCAUCGACCCGCUGCUGGUCCGCGAGGGCCUCGGUCGGAUGCACGUGCUGUUUGGUCCACGGGCGGACUCAAUCACGCUCGAGCACCUGCUCGCCAUGAAGUCUGGGAUCCCCGACUACGACACAGCGACGCCCUACCCGCCGCCACCCACAGACGCCUUUCGCAAGGCCGCGGCCGAGUGGCCUCCCGCGCGGCUCCUCAACCUCUCGUACGUGCGCAAGGGGAAGCUCGAGUUCGAGCCAGGCGCGCACUGGGCGUACUCGUCGACCAACUUUGUGCUCGCCGGCCUGCUGCUCGCGCGGCUCUCCAACGCGACAAGGUGGGACGCGUACGGCCAGGCGGCCCUCCUCUCUCCCCUCCCCGCGCAGCGCCGCUCGUCGUACGCUCUCGACUUCGCCUCCCACGGCACCCCCGCCGCCCACGGCGCUGUCCGCGGCUUCGACCGCACCUCGUACAACGGCGCAAACGCCUCGGCGAGGCCCGGCGUCGACGUCUCUGACGUGGCCGGCGUCUUCGGAGGCUGGACCGCGUCUGACAUCGUCGCUCCCCCGGCGUCGGUGGCGAGGCUCGUGUACGAUCUCUUCGGCGCCAGCGGCCCGCGGCUGCUCGCUCGCCAGUACGUCGACGAGAUGAUCCCCGGCGCCAGAGACGCGGCGGGAGGGGGGCAGAGCGAUUGGGCGCGGGGCGCGCCGCCCCUGAGUGGCGGCCGCGUCGCCUCGGCCGCCUCGCGCCGCCUCGAGGCGGCGAGGGGCCGGCUCGGCGCGAGGUCCGACGCGGACAGCCACCGGAUGGAAGACAUCUACGGCCUGGCAACCUUCAACCUGAGCAUCAUGGGCGUGACGGGCCAGUCCUCCCUCAGCCCGUAUGCUGUCUCCUACGGCCACCUCGGGGCGACGUACGGGUACGACUCCAUCGCCGCCUACUUCCCCGCCAUCGACGCCGCCGUCUCCAUCGGCACGAGCAUCGAGACGGACUCGCAGACGGCGCCCUCCGACACGCUCUGCCUCGUGUACAACGCGCUGCUCGCCGCCGUGCGAGGCACGGCCGAGCCGCGCUGCUCCUUCUCCAAGGAGAGCUACUUUGGAGGCCGGUGCGACUGCGGGAACACGUAUGCCUGCCACAAGCUGCUCCGCAAGUGCGUCAAGAGCGAGCUGGGCAGCCUCUCGAAGGAGGACUGCACCCGCACGUGCUAGCCCCCUGCGCCUCGAAGUUGAGGGGGCACACGCGGGGGACGGUGCGUGUGCGCAAGCAAGAUCGGCACGUCCGCGUGGCGGUCCUGUGUAGUAUUACGUUGAGACGUUUCGUAUGUGACUUUGUGUGCUAUUAUGUGUAUAUUACGAGUGGUAAACGACAAA